UUCUUUAUAAAUGUUGGUAUCAUGAAGACAUAUCUAAUAAUUAUUUCUAACACUUAUCUUUUAACUUUCAACUCCCAUACAGCUAUUCCCAUACUCCCAUACUCAUCCAAGGCUUAUGGUGCCACCAUGCAGGCCAGCACGCGGGUUGCCCUCAUCCGCUGUAACCGGACAGCCCUAUCCCUGGGCAUCGAGACGGACGGAGGAGUCAUGGAGCCCCUGAUCAAACGGGGCACCAUCAUCCCCACCAAACAGACUCAGACCUUUGGCACCUACACCGACUACAAGCCCGGGGUCCUGAUCAACGUCUUUGAAGGAGAGAGAGCCAUGACCCAGGACAACCACCUGCUGGGCGAAUUUGAGCUGUCGGGAAUCCAGCCCGCUCGGAGAGUAGUACAUCGGCUCGAGGUCACCUUCGACAUCGACGCAGACGGCAUUCUGAACGUGUCUGCUGUGGACAAGAGCACGGGAAAACAAAUCACCAUCACCAACAAGGGCCCCCUGAGCAAGGGCUGCCUGAGCAAGGAAGACAUCGAGAGGAUGGUGCAGGAAGCAGACCAAUACAAAGUAGAAGACGAGCAACAGAGGGAGAAUAUAGAGGCCAAGAACGCCCUUGGGUCCUACGCCUUCAACAUGAAGAGCAGCCUGCGGGAGGACAACCUGAAGUACAGAGUGAGUGAAGAGGACAGGAAGAAGGUGGAGGAGAAGUGUGAGCAGGCCAUCCUCUGGAUGGAGAACAACCAGCUAGCGGAGAAAGAGGAGUACCAACACCAGCUGAACGAAUUGAAGAAGCUGUGUAUACCCCUCAUUCCCAUGAUGAUAAACUUUGCAUAA